GGGUAGGGUCGGGCUGUCGUGAGCCAAGCAGGCAGACGCUGCUGAGCUGAGCGGCGCGGUGCCUCGGCUGGGGAAGGCUUCGUGAUUGGUUGCGGCGCUCUCGUGCCGGUGGUUGCUAGGCUGCUGUGCGCCGCCCCUCCCCCAGAUCUCAAGCCUGGCAACGAUGAAUCUGGUGUGAGGAACUGGUAGAUACACAGCUGUGGCUCUUCAUAGCUGGCUGGCUUCUGGAUACCCUUUUCUGGCUAGAAUACUGUACAUGGUGCAUGCAGAGAGAAUGACUCUUGGAUUUAUACAGCUGCCCCCAGUGCUGGGGAGGACUUUACUGGUGCUGAUGGUGACUACUUCUGUUAAGUGCCACUGGCCUAGUGAGGCCUCAGAAGUUGUACGGGACUGGGAAAAUCAGCUAGAGGCCUCAAUGCAUUCGGUGCUUUCAGAUCUCCGAGAGAGCGUGCCAGCAGUGGUGGGGAUUCCAGACAGCUCUGCUGUAGUGGGUCGUUCCUUCAGAGUCACCAUCCCAACAGACCUAAUAGCUUCCAAUGGAGAAAUUAUCCAGAUCACUGAAGCUGGAAAAGAAUCUUUGCCUUCUUGGCUGCAUUGGGACCCAGACAGUAGCACCCUGGAAGGUCUCCCACUUGAUACAGAUAAGGGCAUUCAUUAUAUUUCAGUGAAUGCAAUGCAACUAGUAUCUAAUGGAAGCUACAUACCCCAAACCACCAAUGUCUUUUCAAUUGAGGUUCAUCCUGAAGAUCACAACGAACCUCAGUCGGUACGGGUGACUUCACAAGAUGUAAAUGAAGCAGCACCGUUUGUGUGUAGCACAGAGGAACCAGUCACUAUUUUGACUGUAAUUUUGGAUGCUGACUUAACAAAAAUGACACCAAAGCAAAGGAUUGAACUUUUAAAUCGCAUGAAAAGCUUCUCAGAAGUGGAACUUUUUAACAUGAAAUUAGUUCCUGUUGUAAAUAAUAGACUUUUUGACAUGUCAGCAUUUAUGGCUGGACCAGGGAAUGCAAAGAAGGUGGUGGAAAAUGGAGCUUUACUCUCCUGGAAAUUGGGCUGUUCCUUGAGCCAAAAUAGCGUCCCAAACAUAAGCAAUGUUGAAACUCCAGCUAAAGAAGGUACAAUGUCUGCCCAUCUUGGCUAUCCUGUAGUUGGCUGGCAUAUUGCUAACAAGAAACCUAAUCUUCCAAAGAGAAUUCGGCGGCAAAUUAAUGCUACACCAACACCCGUGACUGCUGUUGGACCACCAACAACUGGCCUCCAAGAGCCCCCAACUAGAAUUAUUCCAACACCCACUUCUCCAGCCAUUGCACCUCCUACUGAAACAACAGCUCCUCCAGUGAGAGAACCUGUACCAUUGCCUAAGAAACCCACAGUCACUAUUAGAACAAGAGGUGCUAUUGUUCAGACACCAACUCUUGGACCAAUUCAGCCAACCAGAGUGGGAGAAGCAACUACUACUCUCCCUGGGCCAAUUCAGCCAACUGUGCCAGGGUAUGUGGAACCUACUGCUGUAGUUACCCCACCCACAACAAAGAAACCAAGAGGAACCACUCCAAAACCAGCCACACCAUCAACCACUGAUAUUACAACACGAAAACCUCCUAAAAAAGGUCCCAAAACUCCUCGACCUUCAAAGACACCUGGGACUACUCGGUCGCCUCUCAUUAAACAGGAAACAGCUUCACCACCAACUCGCAUGCGCACUACUACCAUUGGAACUCCCCGUGUGCCCAAUGAUCCACCUGUGCUAAAAAACCACAUUGACAGAGUAGAUGCAUGGGUGGGCACUUACUUUGAGCUUAAAAUACCUUCAGAUACUUUCUAUGACAAGGAAGAUACCACCACUGAUAAACUGCAGCUGACCAUGAAGCUAUUAGGUGAACAACCUCUGGAAGAAAAUUCUUGGGUGCAAUUCAAUAGCACUAGUCAGCUAAUGUAUGGGCUGCCUAAUCGCACCCAUUCAGGCAUUCAUGAAUAUUUCAUGCAUGCCACUGACAAAGGUGGCCUUACAGCUGUGGAUGCAUUUGAAAUAUUUGUCCAUGCACUUGAACUUGAUGAGGUGCCUCCAGUUAAAUUUAAGGCCAAAUUCCACGGAGACCAUAAUACAGUUACUAAUGACAUUUAUAAGAAAAUUCUGUUGGUAAAGAAGCUGGCAUUUGCACUCGGAGACAGAAACAGUAGUACUAUUACCAUAGACAACAUCAGCAAAGGUUCUAUUGUAGUUGAGUGGACAAACAAUACUUUGCCUUUUGAACCAUGCCCAAAAGAGAAAAUUCGAGCCUUGAGCAAAAAAAUUUCUGAUGAUUUUGGUAUUCCAAGCCAAGCUUUCUCUAAUGCCUUAGAACCAGAGUUUAGGCCCAUCAACAUUUCUGUUGUUGGUGCUGGCAGCUGCAGACACAUUCAGUUUAUUCCAGUAACUAAAGAAGGACCACCUACAACUGCACCGCCUACAGAUGUGCUUCCUGGGCGAGAUCCAGAAAAGACAAGUGAGGAUGAUGUAUAUCUACACACCGUAAUCCCUGCAGUUGUGGUGGCAGCCAUUCUGCUUAUUGCUGGAAUUAUUGCUAUGAUUUGCUAUCGCAAGAAGAGAAAAGGCAAACUAACCAUAGAAGACCAGGCUACCUUUAUCAAGAAGGGAGUACCAAUAAUCUUUGCAGAUGAACUGGAUGAUUCUAAACCACCUCCUUCCUCCAGCAUGCCAUUGAUCCUACAGGAAGAGAAAGCCCCUCUCCCACCCCCUGAGUACCCAAAUCAGAACAUGCCAGAGACCACACCACUCAACCAAGACACCAUAGGGGAGUACACACCACUGCGGGAUGAAGACCCUAAUGCACCUCCCUAUCAGCCUCCCCCACCCUUCACAGCACCCAUGGAAGGUAAAGGUUCCCGCCCGAAGAACAUGACCCCGUACAGGUCUCCACCCCCUUAUGUCCCUCCUUAAUGAACAAGAGAUGCGUGUGGAGAUAGGGCCUACAGUUCCACACCAGUGUUGUCUGUAAGGAUCGUUGGCCUGCAAAACCAUUGCCAACCAGAAAACCAACAUCCAGAAUCUCAAAUGUUGCCCGGUCCCAGCAGGCCCUCUCCAAAUGCAUUUGCUACACCAGAGUGCUUGUGGAACUUUCGGGAGACUGGUUUUAUUUUUGCCUAACAGCUUUUGUUUUGUUUAUUCAUAGAAAAAAAAUCUUCUUGGCUCAAAAAGUAUUUCUGACAGCAGGUGUCUCAAAGCAUCAGUGAACUUGUGCAAAGGGAGACUGGCUGGACAUGCAGGCAGCACUAGGGGUGGCACGCUGGGUCUCUGCUGUUUGCCUUUAAAACUAACUGUACUGUUUUUUCUAUUCACGUGUGUCUAGCUACAGGGCAUAACAUGAAACAUAGCCUAAGAAUUAAAUUCAGAGGACUUUCUUGAGGUCAACAUUAAGUUUUUACAUUUAAUCGCUGUUACCUAAACUUGUAUGUAUAGAUUUGGGGAAGGGGAGGGGAAGUGCUUUACUACAAAUAAGCUCCUGGGGUGUUUCCAAUGCCAGUCAGGCUGAGGGACCGUCUUUUUUUAUCAAAGGAAUCCUAUUUUUUCACACGUUAUACAAAUCAGUCAUCAGGUGGGGGUCUUUUUGCAAAAGGUAGAGAGAGAGAGGUCUUGUUGCUCUACCCUGCUGUUGCUGUACAGAUGCCAUGUUGACAGCCAAAGGUUUCUCAAAAAAGUUUAGGGAGCUCUUUGUAGUUAUCAGAAGGCUUUGUCAAAUCUCGCUAUGUAGUGACAUUGCUGCCUUUGGGAAACUGGAGGCCCAGCAGUGGUAUCCUCAGGCUGCAAGGUUCAUGGUGCUGUUGUGAGAUUUUUCAUCUGGAAGGCAAACUCUGGCUUUUGAAACACUCUUGAGAUAUUUUGGUGAAGAUGCAAUAUUUUUACGUAGUGUAAUGCAGUUUCCUCACAUCAGAAUUCCUCCUAGACCACAGUAUUGGAACAGUUCCUCCUCCCCUGUCUCGUCUGGCUGUCCCAUCCCACUCCCUCCCUGUUCUCUUCUGCACACACACAGACACAAUAGUAGCUGUCUGGCGGUUGGGAAAAUAAAAAGCGCCAGAAAUAGUUCAUAGUUAAAAUCAGUGAACUCUCAGCUCUAAUUUUUUACUAAAUUUUUGAUACAGCCUCAAAUUGUUUUAUUAAAAAAUAAUUAAAAACGGUAACGCUGCCAGCAGUUUGUAUGAGCUUAGCUUCUUAGUAUCAAUUCAAUGGGACUGACUGCUUUGCUCAUUUUUGGAUUUUAUUUUGUUUUCCUUUUUGGUCUUUCAUAGUCACUGUUUUAAAUAUUAGAAUCAUGUCUGAGUUUCUUGCCUUUUUGAAAAGUGAGCUUUCACAUCUUUCUCCUGGGAAGUUAGAGCUGCCCUCAAGGUCACUCCCAUGCAUUUUUUUUCCUUAGACAAAGACAUUUUAAGCACGGAUUUUUUUUCCUUGUCCAUUUGAGACUAUUUUUGGUACAUUAAGAGGGAGGACAAAACCCUUUGCAAUAAUGAGUCCAUCCCCUGGCUGGGGGCUGGGCAGCCUCUGGCUGACUUUGCACACAAAGCAGACACUUUUUAAGCCAUAUUGACUGUUUUGCAAAGUAUGUUUGUGUGCUGACAUGGCCAGUUAACUAGUGGAUGAAUGGUUCAGAUGACCUGCACGUCUGAACUUGCUGGGUGGCAUUUCCCAUCAAGCCUUUUUUAAAAAAACCUACUUGAACAGGAUUUUACCUAUCCACAUCAAAUGUUAGUUUGAUUAAGGGCCCUUGUAGUUCUGCACUCUGCUUCUGCCCCCUGAGGUGGGCGGGGGGGGGGGGGGGGAGCGGGCGGUAUGUGUUGAAGUGAGGAUGGCUGUAAAGGAGCCUUCAGUUUUUUCCUGUGACUAGUUUGGUAGGCAUACAUUUGUCCUACAAAAUUUUUUGUUUGUUUUUUGUUUUGUUUUUUUUGCAAAACCAAACUUCCUCUCUUCUGCCCUCCCCUCCCCUCACCCCCUCGACUGUUGCUGUAUGUCUGAGAUGAGGAGAGGCAAUGUGGUCCAGUACUCACAUAGGCGUGCUAGCUGAAGGGAAAGGGAUCAAGUGGCGCUACUUUUAAACAGAUGGUGGAAACCUGCUUGUAAGAGCCCUCCCCUUUCUCAGCCACUAGCCAUGGCAGCACAGUGCCAAAACCUACACUGGCAGGCCUGCCUUUCAAAUGUCUCCCAAGUUAUCAAUACACAGAGCCUCCUAAGCCCAAAUGCUGCAAGUCAGAAGGGCCUUCCAAACAGUGCCGUUGUCCCUAGCAACUGAUACCACUUUGUACUGGUCAUGCGCAAGCACAAACAGUUUCAGGCCUGGGCCUACCUGUCACCAUAGAAACUGGAGGCGAAGGGGCAGUGAACAGAAUAAUAACAAUGGCAUUCUCAUCAGCCGCCUUCCCCCUAAGCACCAGUGCUGUUUAUUUAUGCCACUAGACACUGUAACAGUGGGAGAGAAUCUUGUAUUAAAAGUGUUCACCAACCACUGAUGUGUUUUUAUGUCCUUAUAUAAUUAUUUUAAAGAUGUGUUUUCUGCAUUCUGUAAAGAAGCAUAUCAACUAAAUAAACCAGUGUACUUUACUACAAA